UUCGUUGUUGCGAGAGAGAGAGAAGGAGAGCAACAUCAAGAAGAAGAAGAAGGAGCCAUGAGUGGUGCGGGGAAGAAGAUAGCGGAUGUGGCUGUGAAGGCAUCGAAAGGCAUUGAUUGGGAUGGCAUGGCGAAGCUUCUGGUCUCCGAUGAGGCUCGUAAGGAGUUCGCUAAUCUCCGCCGGACUUUCGAGGAAGUCAACUCCACUCUCCAGACCAAGUUUAGUCAGGAACCAGAACCAGUAGACUGGGAAUAUUACAGAAAAGGAAUUGGCUCUGGCUUGGUGGAUAUGUAUAAAAAGGCCUAUGACAGCAUAGAGAUCCCCAAGUAUGUUGACACUGUAACACCUCAAUACAAACCCAAGUUUGAUGAGCUGUUGGUGGAGCUGAAAGAAGCAGAACAGAAAUCCUUGAAAGAGUCCGAGAGACUGGAAAAGGAAAUUGAAGAAGUUCAAGAGCUGAAAAAAAAGAUUAGCACUAUGACUGCAAAUGAGUAUUUUGAGAAGCAUCCAGAGGUGAAGAAGAAGUUCGAUGAUGAGAUCAGGAAUGACUAUUGGGGUUAUUGAUAUUGCCGCUGCUGAUAUCACCAAGCAGAUCCCCCCUAGUUCUUGAGACCAAACGUCCAUUUUUCGUUUUCAUUCUUCCUCUGGGUUUUUCCCUCUGAAAGUGCUUUUAAUUUUUUCCGGGUGAGUGACCAUAGAGCAGUUUCAGACUACUUAAUGGGUCAAUAAUAUUCACAUAUCAAGUGAACAUACAUUGGCAUAACAGCAAGAUGGUGAAUUUUC